GGCCGCCCCAUGUGGUUGUCCAGCUGGACUAAAGCUCGAUCAGCUUCAACUUUCAAGUCGCAUCUAGCUGGCCCAUGCAAGCACUGCGUUGCAUUGCAACCCCUCUCAGCUGUCCUAUCUUUUGAGCGCACAGCAAAGUUUAGAGACGUCCUUCAUCAAGAACUCCCUGCGCCUUGCCGCCCCUGCAAGCUGAAGCCUUCUAGGAAGCUCAUCCUGCGCUUUGUACGCGCCUCAAGGCCUGCCCUGCGCCUCGCCUUCUCCAAGGCCAUCCCAAAAACACGCGGCUCAAAGAGAGCAUGUCUCUGGUGUGCUUCCCUUUUAAAGAAGAAGAUGUCUCCAUAGUCGUCAGGAACGUUGAAUACGCCGCCCAACACCCCCGCGUCCAUGCCGUCCUCUGCGUAGGGUACAGUAAGGGAGAGACAUGGCACGCCAUUGCCAACUCCAGGGCAGGCAUUGAGGCGAGGACUGGGAAGCGCGUCAUCCUCCUGCUGCAGAAGCGGAUCGGCCUCAGCCUCAGGGGCGGCAAGGGCGAUGGCAUGAACACGGCCCUGCUCUAUUUUGCCGAGAACAAGGAGUACUCUCGGCUCCACUUCUAUGAUGCCGACAUCGUGUCCUUCUCAGGGGACUGGAUCACCAAGGCGGAGCAGUCAGGCGACCUCGACUAUGACCUCGUGCGCCACUACUUCCCCCGCUCGUCGACGGAUGCCAUGAUCACAUGGCUCGUCACCAAGAUCGGCUUCUCUCUCAUCUGGCCUAACACCUACCUCCCCCAUGUGGAACAGCCCCUCGGGGGGGAGCUCAUGCUCACCCGCAGAGCAGUGGAGGUCCUGGUUAAGGACCAGCGGGUGAUGCAGCAGAGCGAUUGGGGGAUUGACACCCUGUACACCUUUGUGACUGCCCAGGCAGGGCUCAGGGUCUCGGAGGUGUAUGUCCCCGAGGGCAAGGUCCACGCUCUGUAUGGGGGUCUGCGUGACCUGCGCACCAUGCUGGUGGAGUGCUUCAGCGCGCUGCAGUCGCUGCAGAGGGAGCAGAUCCACCCCCUGGCAGGGCUGCACAGGAUGGAGCCUCCCAAGGCUGUCCCGACAGCGGUGCGCGAGAAGCUCGGGUACGACAUCGAGAAGACGCUCAAGCUGCUGCGCGACAACUGGACCCCCCGCCAGAGGGAGCUCCUGCACAAGCACUUUGACAGCGCGCUCGCCAAGGGCCUCGAGAACAGCAGCGAGUGGCCCUGCUGGAGCUUUGCAGACGAGGAGGCCUGGGUCAAGGCGUACCCACGCUUCUUGGAGCACUUUGAGAAGGGUGAUGACGACUGGGAGGAGCUGCUCUUCAAGAUAUGGGUGGCGCGCGUGCUCAACCACACCCUCAAGAACGUGGUGCGCGGGUACGACAUCGCGCUCGGGACACUGCGCGACCUGGUCAGGGACACCCAGCACAAGUCAGCCCUCCAGAUCAAGAACGCCAAGCGGGCUGCCGACAUCGCUGAGAAGCACCCCCUGGCCGCCGGCCACUCUGCAGCCUCCAUCAACGGGAGGGCCAACAAGAAGGCCAAGUUCGGCGUGGAGACGGAGGUGUUGUGCGCCGUCGCCCAGCAGUAGGCUUAAUAGAUUGACACCAAAACGUCCUGCUUUGACGUGUCAGCCGCUAAGGCGUCCAGUCAAAUCGUCUAGGUCAGGGAGCAUUUUGGUGAAGUCCUGCCGAGCCCGGGGAGGUCUCCCCGGGCGUGUAUAUAGAAUCUUGGAGCUGUGGCGGCUCGAGAGUGGGAGGCUUCGCGCCCCCCCUUUUGGUGAGAGAGUAACGUCUUCCGCGGGAGGCCUCUUGCAGCCUCCGAAUGCCCAGGAUGAUGGACGAAUCCUGCGCGCUUCCAGUAGGGGACUAGCCCGAGCACUAUGCUUAGGAACUCCUAGCCCCGCUGUUAAAUACCGGUGUGUAGAAUGGCUGGAGCCUUAUUUAGGGAGAGGCCGAGGUCAGCUGUUAGAUAAAAGCUGGCCAGGCUGCUCGCUGGUGGAUGGGCGGCCCGAAAGGGCGACCAUCGAGAGUCUGCUCGAGGAGUGUCCAGUUUAGACUCGUUACUUGUCGGAAGUGUGGUUAAGGUACAGAGUAGAUAGGAGCCGGGCUCAUGCGAGCCUAAGUUUCGCCGCUAGGCUUCCAUGAUGCUUUUGAAGCUUAAAGAAGGUACGUACGUAAAUAAACCUUAAUGUAAGUCUCCUUGCUACAAUGUGUACUAACUUUAGGAUCCAGAUGUAAGCUUGCUUAGCUUCUUGUUGCUCUCAUGUUUCAAGUCUGCAAUCUGAUGACGACCGUAUCUCACAUCUAG